AAGUAAUAUUUAAUUUGCAGCCGUUAAAAAUGUCAGUGUUAAAUUUUCCUGUUAAAUAAUGCAGAAAGAGAGAUCCUCUUUGGCUUCCAACCGUGCACGACGUGUCUCUCUCUCGCUCUGCAACUGGAUUCUCUCUCUUCCAUCUGGGUCGCGGGUGUGCCAGGGCAAGUGAAGUGUGUCCCAGGCUUUUCGCCCUGUGAGCCUCGUCCACUCACACCCCCCAACUGCGUGCCUGGUGACACCCCCUGCCACACCCGUCCCAGCAACGACAAGCCGAGCCAUCAGGCGAAGAUGGAUUCGCCGGACCAAGUGCACGGGAGGAUCUACGCCAUGGAGGACUCCCCCCAGGUAGGUCAUUGUUUGGUAUAUCGGGGUGGUGACCGUGGGGGAGGUUGGUAGAAGAGUGGGGACGGGGUCGUGCAUGGCGGUGGGCAGUGUAGUCGGGCCUACGGGGGUCCCAUGGCCCGGUUGUGCUGUGAGGGGUGAAGGGGCAAGUGGGUAGUGUCGCUCGGCCCUGGUCACACUGUGUGACCGUGAAGGGGACACGUAGCCCGUGCCCGUGAGGGCGCUAAGGUAUUUCGUGGUCCGUGGACGCCCCGCCCAACAACCUUCACUCACCUUGCUUCCGCCGUCACGACGCCGUCCUCAUUUGGAUAUCAGCAGUUCCUCGCGGAAUCUGCCUAUGAUCCCUAUCACUCAUUUGUCCUGCCUGGGUGAUGUAGUCAGAGCCGAAUGGACCUCUGGGCCACAUUCCCAGAGGUGAUAGUGGUUUUCCUGGCUCUACACCAUAGCCAGGUUUUCCCACUAUUCCUCUGACUACUUUACUUUAUUUACAUUUACAUAUCUAGCUCUGUAAUUUCUAUUGAUGAGGGCUCAUGGCCAUGUCAAAUGCUAAUAAAUUGAAUAUUGAAAUAAUGCAGAAAUAUUCCUAAAGGACUUUCACUCGUCUUUCCUCAUAGCUACCCUUCCCCCAAAAGUAUCUUUACCUAGCCCACUGACCGUUUUUUAAAUUAUAAUUUUGCCCACCAAGAACACGCAAAUUUUUAUGAAUUGCUAGUGCAACAUAAUAUUUAAGUAAUUUAGUAAAAGUUGAAUAAGCAGGUUAAUAUAUAUUUGGAUAAGUCAAUGUGGGUGGCAUACCAAUUUCUGUAACCUGGAAAAUGAAUCAUGUACCUUUUAAAAAUUAAUAUGUAUUCCAAUUUCGAGUUUGGUCAAAAGAUGCAGCUUGACAUAUUUAUUUCUUUUCUUGCACCUGUGAUCCCGACCACCAGAAACAUUAUUAUGAUUGGAGAAUGACCUUGUCUUGUAAAUGCUUCGUCUUCAUAUUUAUCUGACUGCUAUCAAUAUUUUACAUUUUAAAAUGCCUAAAAUAUAGCACAGCACAAAAGAAGAUGUGGUGGAACAAGGUCAUCGGGUUAAUCAAAAAUUCUCAAUUUAGCUAAUUUAUUAGCUAAUUUAUGUAGUUUUUAGUAGCAGAGAAAUGAGGCUGCAGUUGGUUGGGAUUUUGUUCCUGAUGACGAGAGAUUCUCUCCAUACAAGAAAAUCUGGACUCGUUCAUGUUUCACGAUUAUUACAAAUUGUUAAUUUUUUCUUAGGCCAAGAAUUUAUGCUCUGGAAUUUCUAGUUAAAUUUGAGACGAUAAGACGACAGACGGUCGGUGUUCAGGUCUUUUCUUGAAUUUUACUGACUCACUAAAUAUUAUUCACUUCCAGAUCUGCUAGCUUGACUAUAAUGUAAAAUUUAUGAUUAUUAAAAAUAUAAAUUUAUACAAAGAAAUUCUGUAUUAUUGUCAUACCAUGGAUUGUAAUUGUUAGAUAAGGAAGAUUCAAAAUAAUUCCACUUUCUUAAAUUUAAUAUUAAUUAUUUUAAAACAAGGACAAAUUUGCAUGGAGUAUAAUUUCAGAGCAUACGUAUCUUUCAUUUAUUGUACACACAUGACAGAUUAAAAUUGAAUGUAUGUAGCAAGUAGAUAAUUUUUAUUUCAAGGACUACAAUAGCUUCUAGAUUAAAAGGGUUGUAAAAAUAUCUGCCCUACAUUGAAUUGAAAUUAUAACAAACAUAAACUGUUUACAUAUAUAAACUAGUACAAUAAUCUAGUUCUUUCCAUGUAGUGACUUGCAUAGUUCUCAAGCUAACGUUGAGCACGACUUAUUUACAUAAGAACAGCAUAACGGAUGUCCAUCGUGUCAUUCUCUUAUUGAAAUUUGAGAUAAUUUUGCCAAAUAUACUUUUCUACCACUGUGUUACGACUCUGGCCUAAUCUCAUCGGUAGAAUUUGACAACUUCGAGUGCUCUUCUUACACUAUAACACUUGCACAGCAGCACAUUAAUAUUUAUUAGUAUUUACACUGGUCCUUAUCAACGGAGACCAAUAUGAGUCACGUCUACGAAAUGCCAUAAGUUAGGUCCGUUAAGUGAAACUUAAAUAAACCAGGCUUAAUGUGCCUCAGUAUCAGUCGGCCCAAGAAACUUGUUCAGUCGAAGUUGUCAAUGAAGUUGCAUAAAUAAUUUCAUCAAGUGACAUUCGUCUAAUAUACAUACAAAAAAAAAGGCGUCAACAAUGUCUCCUCAAGUAUCACCACUGCUCUCUCCCAACUCAUCGCCUCCACUCGACGACAACUUGCUUUCCGAAAUUUUUGAUUCAAUUUCGAAUGAAAAUAACGGCGAAGAGGACAUUUCUCCAAUCCUACCAAUCGUCACCUCUCCAGCAGCUUCCUAUCCACACUCCCUGAAAGUAUUCAGCAUUUCCCUACUCAAUCGUCAUAAGCGUGACCAUAUCCGUUUUCACCAAUGUCCAGAAGGCAUGGAGCCUUUAAUAACUGAGCUCAUCUCCGCGUGGGGUGGGCGACUCCAUCUCCCCAAGUCCGUCACCGACUCGUUCGAGUAUCAGUUGAAUUGGAAGGCAUGGUCAGAGUUCAGGACGGAUGCAAACGCCGUCUGCGCCCGGUCCCUCCUGGUUUCCAUUUUCUCAAAGCUGGCGAAACAUGGCUGGAACUUUGCGAUAGGGAUGGAGCUGGCCAAGACGGAGAAGGGGAAAGACGUGCUUUUCUUCGAGAAGGGGGAAGAAGACGACCCAGAAGCCCACAUAAUCUGCAUGAACUUUCCCAAGCAGGACAGGAUUAAAGUGAUUGGUGCUCCGCCCUUGGUCAUCAAUAAGAUGGCACAAAGCAUCAAGACCACUUGGCCAUGGGGUCUGCAACAGGGUGCGCCCAGCUACUGCAAGUCUUUUGAGUUUAAGCUGAAGGGAUUUCCUUGGCUGGGAGAGCUGCUCAGGGAGAGAAAGUGCAUCAUGAUGGGAAUGAUUCUCGACCAAUUGCGAGAACAGGGAUACAAGUCUUACGCUUCUGUGAAAAUUACAAAGAAGGAAAAGGAAAUGCCCACCCUGUUCUUCAGGAAGGUCACAAAUGUCUUCAAGUAAACUCACAGAUUUCAUUCUUUAACAACUUUAUUGCAAUUGAAGUUUGUUGUGUUUUAUGCAGAAUAUAUUUAUGUCUGACAAAUAUAUUUGAAAAUGAUUCAUUUGCACAAGAA